AUGGCUGUCAUUGCCGUGCUCUUCUACGCCCCGCUUUACCUCUCGGCGACUAUGACAGGACUGCGAUUAAUCCCUCAGGCAGUAAAGGGUGCUGCUGGAUCCUUGGGGCUUGGGUAUCCUGAUGCGCGUGGCCGGUCGUUAUGGUCUCGGUUUGGAGACCGGGAGGGUGCGAUUGAGAUAAUCCAGAAGAUCCGUAAUAGCCUCGAUUACAUCAAUAAGGGUGCCAGCGGACUGGGCAUCCUGGAGUAUUAG